CGGGGGUCACCAUGACACCCACCACCACAAUAACCAUGACAACCACCACGACACCAAUCACGACAAUCACCGCGACAACCACCACGACACCAAUCACGACAAUCACCGCGACAACCACCACGACACCAAUCACGACAAUCACCGCGACAACCACCACGACGGCGACCACGAUGACCACCACGGGCAUCACGGCAGCCACCACACGUCCUCGUCCUCGACGCACCACGGGCCGCCAUCGUAUCACGGCAGCGAUCACCACUACUCCCACGGCAGCCACAGGUCGGACCCCCACCACAGGAAGGGCCCGUACAGCAAACACAGCUCCUUCUCUCCAGAGCAGACGGGAAAGACGCUGCAGACGCUGAAGGAGCGACUGGAGAACCUGCAGGCGAGGAACUCGUCCAGCUCGUACUCCAGCUCACUCAGAGAACUGCUGCAGAGGAAGAUCACCGCCCUGGAGGAGCAGCUGCACGGUUACCACCGAGAUCACCAUGACUACGGCAACCACGACGACCACCAUGAUGACCAUCACGAUGACCACCAUGGCAGCGGCCACCAUGACGACCACCACGAUGACAACCACGAUGACCACCGUGGCAGCAACCACCAUGACGACCACCAUGAUGACCAUCAUGACGACCAUCACGAUGAUCACCAUGGUAAUGGUUACCGCAACAACCACCACAACAGCCAUCACAGCAACCACCACGGCAGCCCCCGCUACAACCACCACAGCAACAGCAAGCUGGAGACGGUGCUCGGCCAAAUACACCACGGCCAAAGCGACCACAAGAAGCUGAAGAGCCCCAGCGCCUUCAUGCUCGACUUCCCCAUGAGGACCAACUACAUGUACGCCAGGAUGAAGCGUUCCGUGGUCAACGAGAUCUUUGCCCUGACCAUCUGCCUGUGGCUGAAGGCAGGGGCGGGACCAGGCCUCGGCACGCCAUUCUCCUACGCUGUACCCGGACAAGCCAACGAGCUGGUGCUCAUCGAGUGGGGCAGCAACCCGAUGGAGCUGCUCAUCAAUGACAAGGCGGUGACUCUGCCCAUAACCAUGACGGAUGGGAAGUGGCAUCACGUGUGCGUGACGUGGUCGACCCGUGACGGAGCCUGGGAGGCCUACCAGGACGGGGUGAAGAAAGGCUCGGGGCAGAACCUGUCAGCCUGGCACUCCAUCAAACCAGGAGGGGUCUUCAUCGUGGGGCAGGAGCAGGACACGGUGGGAGGACGCUUCGACGUCACUCAGUCCUUCAUGGGCGAACUCUCAGAUCUGCAGUUCUGGUCCAGAGUCCUGACGUCCAACGAGAUCCAUACCCAGGCGACCUGCGGAGGCCACCUCAUCGGGGACGUCAUGUCCUGGUCCGAGGAGUCCGUGGAGCUCCAUGGUGGACUCACCGAGUUCCCGUUUGAACCCUGCCACUAA